GCCGUAGUCUUUGUUGCUUUCUGCUUAAUGGAAGGACCUUGAGCCUAUGCCUUAGCUCUCUUUCUUUCUCUGUUGUUCGUCGCCUGCGAUUCCUGCAUUUUCUGUUGAAAUUUGAAAGCGUUUGCUGAUUUUCCUCUUUUUCUUUCUCUGAUUUCUUAGUUCUUCAGGUAAAACGUAAAGACACUAAUUUGUGAAGGGUGCGAUGUCUCCACCUCUGCUGGGUGUUGAGGAGGAAGGUAAGAGCAAUGUCUCUUUAGUGGCCUCUUCGACAUCCAUUGAUUGUAUCUCCCAGAAUGGCUGCGGUUUGAAAGAACGUAACUAUCUGGGUUUGUCAGAUUGUUCUUCAGUUGACAGCUCUGCAGUCCCAAGCUUGUCAGAGGAGAAUAAAAACAAUCUAAAUUUGAAGGCUACUGAGUUAAGGCUUGGUCUUCCUGGAUCCCAAUCUCCUGAAAGAGAAGCAGAUGUUUCCUUGCUGAUUAGAGGGAAACUUGAUGAGAAGCUGCUGUUUCCGAUGCUUCCUUUAAAGGAUGGAAUCUGCUCAUCAUCACAGAAGCAUGUUGUUUCGGGCAACAAAAGAGGAUUUUCUGACACCAUGGAUGGAUUCUCAGAGGUUAAGGGUUCUUUGUAUUCAGAAAAGAACUGGCUGUUUCACUCUGCUGGUACAGAGUCUGAUUCUCCACAAUCUGUCGGUCAAGGGAAGUUCCCUGGUAGUUCUGGGAUAAAUGCAAUGCUAUCACCUAGACCUUCUGGUGCUCAAUCAGCCAUGAUAAAAGAGGUGUCACAGAGAGGGUUACAGGACCGGUCUCAUGCUGCCAAUGGAACCAACCUGAACCAAACUGGUACUUCUAACAACAGCAGCAGUGACCCUGCUGCCAAGGCACAGGUUGUUGGCUGGCCUCCAAUUAAGUCAUUUAGGAAGAACACAUUAGUCACCUCUUCAAAGAACAAUGAUGAAGUUGAUGGAAAACCUGGUCCUGGUGCUCUUUUUGUCAAGGUCAGCAUGGAUGGUGCUCCUUAUUUGAGGAAGGUAGAUCUUAGAACCUACUCCACUUAUCAAGAACUCUCUUGUGCUCUUGAGAAGAUGUUCAGCUGUUUUACUAUAGGUCAAUGUGGAUCUCAUGGAGUUCCUCAAGGGAAGGAAAAGCUGAGUGAGAGUAGCUUGAGAGAUCUUUUGAAUGGAUCAGAAUACAUGCUUACAUAUGAGGAUAAGGAUGGUGACUGGAUGCUUGUAGGGGAUGUACCAUGGGAGAUGUUUAUUGACACAUGCAAGAGACUAAAGAUUAUGAAGAGCUCUGAUGCGAUUGGGUUAGCUCCCCGGGUGGUGGAGAAAUCCAAGGUCAAGGCCUAGAAAGGGACUCUGGUUAUGCUCAAAGAGGAAUGCUUUUAUCGAUUGAAGAAAUGUGGUGGUUGAUGUGGUUCAGAUGCAACGCCUGAUUUAUGUUUUGAUUGCAUGAAGAAGUGGAUGUUAGUUUAUGCUUGUUUCAAGCCUGAUUGGUAUAAAAACUGCUUUAUGUUAUUAAAAGAAAAGGUUACGGAGUUAAUAUAUCUAUAUAGGAGUUAAGUUUUCUUGAAGUGUUGUGUAUCUGAUGACUGAUGAAUCAAAGAUGACUCGAGUAUUGUGAUUCAA